CCAGAGGAGCUUCAGAGACUCACCUCUAACCUUCGGACCGUCGAUCUGACAGCCAAUAAGAUCGAAGUUCUUCCUCCCACCGUCGGGAACUUCCUGCAUCUCAAGAGUCUGACGCUGAACGGGAACCGACUCGCCAGUCUCCCCAGUGAGAUCGGGAAGCUGAAGAAGCUGGAGACUCUGAGUCUGAAUGGGAACCGGAUCCAACAGCUGCCCCCCACUCUGGGCCAGCUCAGAGCUCUAAGGACCCUCAACCUGUCCGGGAACCAGAUCUCAGAGUUCCCCCCCGGACUGGGAACCCUGAGGCACCUGGACCUGCUGGACCUGUCCCGAAACCAGAUCAGGAAUGUCCCCGCAGCCGUGUCCGAGCUGCAGACCAUCGAGAUCAACCUCAACCAGAACCAGAUCUCGGUGCUGUCGGCGGACGUGUCCCUGUGUCCUCGUCUGAAGGUCCUCCGUCUGGAGGAGAACUGCUUGGAGCUGUCCUCCAUCCCUCAGUCCAUCCUGGGGGACUCCCAGGUGUCCCUGUUCUCAGUGGAGGGGAACCUGUUCGAGGUGAAGGAUCUCAGAGAUCUUCAGGGAUACGACAAGUACAUGGAGCGUUUCACGGCCACCAAGAAGAAGUUCGCCUGAAGACCGUCAGCGGCGAGUCUGAACUGUGGAGCGUCACCGUGGGGGGGCGGGGUCAGCUGAGACUCCGCCCGCUGCUGCUUCUUCUGCUGCGAAAAUACAGACCACCUCACAGCCACCCACCCACCCCCGCUACCUGCUGGACUUUAUGCCUGCUGCUUCCUGUUUGAUACAGUUAACCUUUGUGACAGACAGACAGACAAGACAGUCUCUGAGACGACAUGAAGAAACCUAUUUACCACCAGAGAAGAAGAAGACGGAGCUGUUUGUGAUGGUAAACCUUCACUGUGUUUCCAAAUGACAGCUGAGACUCAGGGAAGCGUUCACACAACGUUCACCAACGUUCACCCAACGUUCACCCAACGUUCACCCAACGUUCACCCAACGUUCGACCAACGUUCGACCAACGUUCGACCAACGUUCGACCAACGUUGACCCAACGUUGACCCAACGUUGACCCAACGUUGACCCACGUUCACACAGCGUUCACACAGCGUUCACCAACGUUCGAGCAACGUUCACCCAGCGUUCACCCAACGUUCACCCAACGUUCGACCAACGUUCGACCAACGUUCACCCAGUGUUCACACACGUUCACACAACGUCUCUUUAAAUGAUGAUGUUCUUUCACCUUUAAGAGAGGUUUGUAGAGACAAAGACACAGAGUUCAAGAUGUUUACUGGAUGAAAAGCUGAUUUCCCAGAAUGCAGUUUAAUUUUAUUCGUCACCUAAAGAGCCUGAAGACAAACAAACAAUUACAGCUGAAAGAGUUCAAUAAACUAAAUCAGAUUAAUAUUUAAACACAAAUAGUCUCUGGUAUGAAUCUCUAUUUACUUUAAGAUGAAUCAUUAAUUAUUAGUAAAAUACUGGACGUGAUGUUUAUUAAACGAGUUCCUACAGAAACGUUUUAGGAUCUGAAGCUGAUUUCAUAAUUGAUUUAUUAAAAUAAAACCUUGUUAAUGAAUCAGUUUUAAUCAUCUUCUGUCUUUGACUGUUUUGUGUUUAGAAAUCAAGGUUUGUGUCAUAAAUAAUAAUAAUAUUAAUAAUAAGGAACAAACGUCUUAUUUACAUGUUUGGACUGUUUCUUUAAUAUUAACUCUUUGAUGUCAGCUGCAUGUUUACAUCCUUUCUCAUUUUCAAGCAUGAAGCAUGUUUUACACUUUAAUCAGAACGUCUUCCUUAUAUAUAAUAUAUGUAUAUUUGUAUAUAUUAUAUAUUAGUACCCUCCCCUGUGUAUGAGGUGCUCGUCUCAUCAGGUGAAACUUUUACUGAAAUAAAAGCAACAAUAACACAAAGAAACGUCUCUUUUAACUGUACAAUCACAGUAGUACUAAAUACUACAAAGACACAGAAAACUACAACAGAAGUAUGCA